GUGAGCGGAUUCGAACUCGGGACCUCCAGGUUCGCAGCCCCUGCACUCAGGCCGCGAGACCACUGGGCCGGUCUGUAGAGUGCGUUAGAACUGUGAACUGGGAUACAACACUUGUGAAAAGAUUAGACAACUUUAUAUUUGCAAGGAGGGAGUACAAUAUUGAUGGGCGCAUUGAUCGUGACUGACCGCUCACGAUGUGCGAUGUGUUCUUCAUCGAUUCGCAUUGGCGAAUCUUUUUACGAAUGCUUCCGAACUUUGACGAACACAAAAAAACUGUCGCGAAUCAUAUCACGUCGCUUACGCCGCUCACAGUGGUACUAACUUUUCAAACCAAUUUACCGGUUAUACCAAAAUGCGACUAAAUUAAUACUCAACACUCCCGCCGUUUGAGCAUUUUGAGUUUAUAAUAGUUGAACUAGAUUAAUUAGUGAAUACAAGUAUUUAAAACGAUCUUUGGGUAACGCUUUGAAGAUACACAUACAAAUCCUGUUUNGAGCAAUUUUGUGUCUACUAGUGUUUAAGUUAAUUAAAGAAUGAAUCAUUACAAUUAUUAUAAAAAUAAUUUUUUGGAAGAAGAAAUAUUGAUUGACACACAAGACACGGUUUUUGUUGGCCAUGAUGUGAGCAAUUGUAAUGAAGUUGACAAUGAAGUAAGUAACAAUCAAAAAUUCGGAGAUGAACUUCUAAUCGACCUUGUACGAAGUCGUCCUUACCUAUAUGAUAAAACUACAAAAGACUAUAAAGACGUACAACUAAAAGAUAAUGCAUGGAAAGAAAUUGCUGAAAUAUUAAAUAUUUCAACAUCAGAUUGCCAAACCAGAUGGACGCGCAUUCGUCAGCGUUUCAGCAAAGAACGACAAAUGAGGGAAAACGAAACCAGAAGUGGUGCUGCAAAGCCUAUGCAACAGAAAUGGCAUCUCUUUGAAAGCCUUAGCUUUUUAGAAAAGCAUAUGUCUUAUAGAAAAACUAUUUCGAAUAUAAAUGCUUUCCAGUCUUCCACUUCUAUGAUACACCAAGCAAAUCAGGGGAUAAAUCAAAAUAAAGAUUGCAAGGAAAUGGAGCCAACUUUACAAGAAUUAAGCCAGAAAACGUUCUCUGAGAAUGCAGUUGCAAUUUCCGGGAAGAAUAUCUAUUCAAUAGAACUUAACCAUUCACGAUCACCUUCGCCGUUUGUAAAUCAGUCAUUGAGUUCCUCGGUUGAGCAAAGAACAACUGCUUUACCAUUACAGCCGACUUCUUCAUCGUUACAGCUGUCGCCUUCUUCAUCGUCACAGCAUUCAACUGAUUCACUGUUACAGCGAUCGACUGCUUCUCCAAUACAGCGAUCGAGCGCAAUACUUUCAGAUUCAGAGAGAUCAGAAAUGAGUCCCCCACCUGCUUGUUUUGUAAAAAAUCAAAAGCAGAUGAAGAGUCNAAAGACUGAUUCGAUAGAAAAUGCUUUCUGCCAAAUUAAUACCACUUUGAAUACNAUGGCAACACAAGUAUGUUCCAGAAACAAUGACGCUUUAUUGGAAAAAAACGAUCCUGAUGUUCUUAUUGGAAAUUUGGUUACUGCUGAACUCAAAAGAACAACGGAGCCAAAGAAGAAUAUAUUAAAACGAAAA